UACACGGACAAGUGUGCGUCUGAAGCCCCAGUAAUGUUUACGUUGGCUGGAGUCAACUGAACAACUCAACAGGGUUAUCAACUGUCCGGGAUGCUGGUAGAUAAACGCAGUCGAAGGAUAUUAUUGAAUCAAGAGUAACCGUCAAGGAUGGCCUGCUGAUUCUUCUACUCUGUACAUACUGGAACCAUCUGCUUCACAAUGUCGGCUGACAGGGAGCUCAACAUCGGCGCUGAUGACGACAGACUAGUCCGACCGAAGGCAGAGUUCCACGCGUUGCUGCAACACGCAGGAGCCGCUAAAGAUGUUUUCACCAUAAAGGAGGUGAUGUUCUACCUGGGCCAGUACAUCAUGCAGAAGCAGCUGUAUGACCAGAAGCAGCAGCACAUCGUCCACUGCUCCCAGGAUGCACUGGGGCGGGUGCUGGGAGUCGACAGCUUCUCUGUUAAAGAGCCACGAGUUCUGUUUGCUAUGAUCACCAAGAACCUGGUGGCUGUGAAGAACCAAGAUUCACCGCCAAGCUUGAGUGAAGCACACAGCGACAGCCAGACAGACGGAGGGACAGAGGAGGCGGAUUCAGAAAGUCGCUCUUCAUCGCCAGACAGGAGGGGACGGCGGCGGAGGAGGAGGAGGAGCAGCUGCAGGAGCAGUGACCCAGGGCCCUCCGAAAGUCUAGCGGGGGAUGAAGAUAAUUCGGAGGAGGAGGAAGAGGGAGGGAGGAAGAGGAGAAGGUCUGACAGCUACUCCCUGACCUUUGAUGACAGUCUGUCGUGGUGCGUGAUUGGUGGACUGGAAAGUGUACGGGACAGACACAGCAGCCAAUCAUCCGACUCCCACAGCACUUCUGUGAGGUCAGAGGUCACGGUCGCAGACUCGGACAGCGAUAACUUCAGUGUUGAAUUUGAGGUGGAGUCCAUCGACUCUGACGACUACAACGAAGAUGACGCGUCUCUGUCUGCAGACGACCAGGUAUACGAGGUCACCAUAUUUGAAGAAGAGGACUCCUUCGAUGAAGACACAGAGAUCACUGAAGCUGACUACUGGCGCUGUUCGAAGUGUGACGAGGUGAACCCACCUCUCCCCAGAAACUGUCUUCGCUGCUGGGCCCUGCGCCAGGAUUGGCUGUCGGAGGUGUCCGCCUCCUCCAGUCCGAAAGUCCUACCUCCAAAGCCAACCGACCAAUCAGCAGCCAAAGAAGCUCCAGGUUCUGAUGUCGAGGACAACGAAGGAGUCGACGUUCCAGACGGGAAAAGAGCGAAAACUCCUCUCCUGUCUCAGAGCCUGUCUGACGCCCCCUCGUCUGCACCCAACUCUCAGGAUCCCCUCUCGUCCUCGCAGCCUUCGUCCUCCUCGACGGUCUGGACUCCCGAGUCCCAGCCCUCCUCGUCCUCCUACUCCUCCAUGGACUCCCAGGAGCUCCUGCCGUCUUCCCCCACCAGUCCUCCUCCUCCCCCCCCAGCCCCCGAGCUGGAGCGCAGCGUGUCGGCCGAGUGGCGGCUGCCGGACUCGUGCCUGGACCCCUGUCUCAUCUGUCAGUCCCGGCCGAAGAACGGCUGCAUUGUCCACGGACGAACGGGACACCUGAUGUCCUGCUACGUCUGCGCCAGGAAGCUGAAGAAGAGGAACAAGCUGUGUCCGGUCUGCAGGCUGCCCAUCCAGUCGGUCGUCCUCACCUACAUCAGCUGAGACCAGAGCUCCUCAACCUUCCUGUCAGAAGAGAUGUAAGAUGUUUCAUCUGGGUCCAUGACAGCGAUGCUCGGCAAAAUGCUAUCAUUUAAAAGUGAGCAAAUACAUCUUCAAAAAAAUAAUUACAUCAUCUUUUCAUCUGGGUUUUGGGUAAAAAAGCCAAAUCAAGACCCCCUCCUCCUCCCCCCCCCCCCCCCCCCCAAAAAAAAAAAAGUUGGAUUGUUCCUUUUAAGAUCUGCCCUAACAUCUGUAACGCUGUUUUUACUUUUUUUUAUUUUAUGGGUCUAUAAUUUCCUUAGACAUUUCCUACAAAGAAUUCUCUAAUUUGAUAAUAAUUACAGGGAAAAUAGCAAUUUCCUGGAAAGAAAAUGCAAAUUUUACUCCCUAAAAUGAACACAACAAAACAUUAUUUAUUAUAAUACCCACUCAUUAAAAAACUGUUUUGUCUAUUUUCCAAAGAAAUAAGUAAAUUAAGAAAUAAUUCAGAAACAAUGGACCCAUGAAAUAAUUAAUGCUUUAACUUUAAUUUUACAGGUCUGUGAUUUCCUUUCAUUGAAAGUUUACUGGAAAUAAAUAUGUAAUUUGGUUAUUGUAGUAAAUUAGACAUUUCCUUGAAACCUUUAUUCAUUAUUAGAAAUACAUUUUAUUCACAUGUUUGCCUUGCACUGACUGACAUUCUCCAUCAGUUAUAACGGCACCAAAUCUCUAUUUUCAUAUUUCUAAUAUAGUAGAAUUACAUCGUUGUUUCCAGAAAAUCUUCCAAAGAAAAUAAGGAAAUUAUAAACUUAAGUGUUACCCAACAUUUGAAUUAUUUAUUGUUUAUUUAAGAUGCAUGUGUGUAUAUAUCUAUACAUAUACAUAUAUUUAAACAGACCUUUUCUACGAGCUCUUUAAAUAAUAAGAUGAAUAUGUGAGAUUGAUAUUUUCUGUUUAGGUUUUUCUGUGAACUGAAUAAAAGUUUAACUUCUUCA